GAUUCUGGUGGCACCAUUACCAUGGAGGAGCAGAUUGUCCUUGUCCUGAAAGCUAAAGUACAAUGUGAGCUCAACAUCACAGCUCAGCCCCAGGGAGGAGAGGGAAAUUGUUUCCCAGAAUGGGAUGGACUCAUUUGUUGGCCCAGAGGAACAGUGGGGAAAAUAUUGGCUGUCCCAUGCCCUCCUUAUAUUUAUGACUUCAAUCAUAAAGGAGUUGCUUUCCGACACUGUAACCCCAAUGGGACGUGGGAUUUUAUGUACAGUUUAAAUAAAACAUGGGCUAAUUAUUCAGAGUGCCUUCGCUUUCUGCAGCCAGAUAUCAGCAUAGGAAAGCAAGAAUUCUUCGAACGCCUCUAUGUCAUGUACACAAUUGGAUAUUCUGUCUCCUUCGGUUCCUUGGCUGUGGCUAUUCUCAUCAUUGGUUACUUCAGACGAUUACAUUGCACUAGGAACUAUAUCCACAUGCACCUGUUUGUGUCUUUCAUGCUGAGAGCCGUAAGCAUCUUCGUCAAGGACAAAGUGGUCCAUACUCACAUAGGAGUAAAGGAGCUGCAGUCUCUGGUAAUGCAGGGUGACCUGCAGAGUUCCAUGGAAGUGCCUUCUGUGGACAAGUCACAGUAUAUUGGGUGCAAGAUUGCUGUUGUGAUGUUUAUUUACUUCUUGGCUACAAAUUACUAUUGGAUCUUGGUGGAAGGUCUCUACCUGCAUAGUCUAAUCUUUGUGGCAUUCUUUUCGGACACCAAAUACCUGUGGGGCUUCACCUUGAUAGGCUGGGGGUUCCCGGCAGCAUUUGUUGCAGCCUGGGCUGUGGCGCGAGCAACUCUGGCUGACGCAAGAUGCUGGGAACUUAGUGCUGGAAACAUCAAGUGGAUUUAUCAAGCUCCAAUCUUAGCAGCUAUCGGGCUCAAUUUUAUUCUGUUUCUGAAUACGGUUAGAGUUCUGGCUACCAAAAUCUGGGAGACCAAUGCAGUUGGGCAUGACACAAAAAAGCAAUACAGGAAACUCGCCAAAUCGACCCUGGUCCUGGUGCUGGUCUUUGGAGUGCACUACAUCGUGUUCCUGUGCCUGCCCCACUCCUUCGCUGGGCUGGGCUGGGAGGUCCGGAUGCACUGUGAGCUCUUCUUCAAUUCCUUUCAGGGUUUCUUUGUGUCUAUCAUCUACUGCUACUGCAACGGGGAGGUUCAGUCCGAGGUGAAGAAGUUGUGGGGCCGGUGGAAUCUCUCCAUCGACUGGAAAAGGACGCCCCCAUGCGGCGGCCACCGAUACGGCUCCGUGCUCACCACCUUGACCCACAGCACCAGCAGCCAGUCGCAGGUGGCUGCCAGCGCUCGCAUGGUGCUCAUCUCUGGCAAAGCCACCAAGACAGCCGGCCACCAGCCCGACAGCCACAUGACGUUACCCGGCUAUGUCUGGAGUAACUCGGAGCAGGACUGCCUGCCACACUUGAUCCACGAGGAGACCAAGGAAGGUAACGCCAGGCGAGGAGAUGAGAUUCCAAUGGCGGAGUCUCCCAGGCGGUUGGAAUUCAACCCAGACCCUGAAGGAAGCAGAGGAGAAACGGAGGAUGUUCUCUGA